AUGGCAGAAUUACAGUCUGCAGGCGACGAGUCGCUUCUGAGCACCGGGGAGACCAUCGACAAGCCCAAAACCGCAGUUGAAAAACGAUAUCCAGAAGAGAUUCCAAAGUCCGACUCCUCCGCCCAACAAGACACAGAUGAUGACUCUGAUAAGGACUCCAAUUCUGGCGAAAAAGAUGAGCUCAGCAAGAAAGCCGUCCAGAACCAUUAUGAAGGCAAGAAGGAAUGCAACUGCUGCAUCAACUGGGUUGAAGAAGAACCAGAGAAGAAGAAGGAGGCUGCGACCGGAACAGUCAUCACAGUUCGCCGCAAUCGAGAUCAUGAAAGGGAAAAGUCGCUGUCGUUGCAUUCCAUCUUGGUACACAGCGAGCAAUUGAAGGGCACCUUACGAGACGUCCUCCGCGGCACUGAUUCCGCCAUCACUUCUAGGGAUUUCGUUCUUCGGCGGCCUUUUGAGAAUGUCUUUCACCGAUGA